AUGGGGGAGAUCCACCCCCGGAUUUGGGGCCAAGAUGCCGCAAUGUCACCUCUGUCCCUGUCCCACAAAGAUCCGCCCCCAGCACCUGCCCCAAACCCCGCGGAGGGCGGAGGAGGCUCUGCACGGAGGAAGAAGCAAAUCCUCGCACAAAUCGCAGCCUGGAGGCGCCGCCGGGACGCCCGGGACGAGCUGAGCGCGCACAGGGAGCGGAACCCCCGAGAGAGCGGCACCCCCGAGGGAUCAGCACAGGGAGCGGAACCCCCGAGAGAGCGGCACCCCCGAGGGAUCAGCACAGGGAGCGGAACCCCCGAGAGAGCGGCACCCCCGAGGGAUCAGCACAGGGAGCGGAACCCCCGAGAGAGCGGCACCCCCGAGGGAUCAGCACAGGGAGCGGAACCCCCGAGAGAGCGGCACCCCCGAGGGAUCAGCACAGGGAGCGGAACCCCCGAGAGAGCGGCACCCCCGAGGGAUCAGCACAGGGAGCGGAACCCCCGAGAGAGCGGCACCCCCGAGGGAUCAGCACAGGGAGCGGAACCCCCGAGAGAGCGGCACCCCCGAGGGAUCAGCACAGGGAGCGGAACCCCCGAGAGAGCGGCACCCCCGAGGGAUCAGCACAGGGAGCGGAACCCCCGAGAGAGCGGCACCCCCGAGGGAUCAGCAUCCCCCGAGAGAGCGCAUCCCUCGAGAGAGCAGCACCCCCGAGGGAGCGGCACCCCCGAGGGAUCGGGACCCCCGAGGGAGCGGCACCCCCGAGGGACUGGGACCCCCCCCCGAUUGAUCGGCACCCCCGAGGGAUCAGGACCCCCCAAAGGAUCAGCACCCCCCGAGGGAUCGGCCCGGGAGCUCCGCCAGGGGAGGUGGCAGCCAGACCCCAAAAGGCAGCGGCAGGACCGUGCAGCCAUCAGCCCCCAGCCAGACCCCACACCCAUCAAACGAACCCCAAAGCCCCCAGCCAGACCCCACACCCAUCAAACGAACCCCAAAGCCCCCAGCCAGACCCCACACCCAUCAAACGAACCCCAAAGCCCCCAGCCAGACCCCACACCCAUCAAACGAACCCCAAAGCCCCCAGCCAGACCCCACACCCAUCAAACGAACCCCAAAGCCCCCAGCCAGACCCCACACCCAUCAAACGAACCCCAAAGCCCCCAGCCAGACCCCACACCCAUCAAACGAACCCCAAAGCCCCCAGCCAGACCCCACACCCCCGGCUAG